CACCUCGCUCGAUACCGCACCGCGACAUGCCCGCCCUGGGCUGGCUGGGCCUGGCGCCCGACACUCGCCCUUCGUCCCUCAUCGCCCUCGUCUCGAACUCGACCCUCGUCGUGUGUUGGCUCGUUCUCGUCAACGCCGUCUCGCCCUUCGUCCUCUCGUCCCUCUUGCACAUUCCCGCCGCACGCGCAGGCGCCAUCACCGGUCGCCUCCUCGCCGCCGACGAGCUCACCGCCCUCGCCCUGUACCUCCCCGCCGGCGCCCUCGGCGACCGCAUCGGCGUCAAGUGGGUCGCCGCGGUCGGCCAUGUCGUCGUCGGGUGCGCAUUCGUCGCGUACGCGAGCGCGCGCAGCGUCAACGAGCUGGUCGCGGCGAGGGUCCUCUUCGCGGUCGGCGGCGGCAGUCUCGUCACGACGAUGAGCUCGAUGAUGGCGACCAUGUCGGUCGUCCCCGACGAGUGCGCCGCGAGCGACGAACCCGCAGACGAGCCCGACGAGCGCACCCGGCUCGUCUCGUCCUCGGCGCGGCGAGGCUCGACGGUCUCGACGGCGAGCUUUCGUCGACACGAGCCUGCGCGUCUCGCAGGCGUGUUGGGCUUCUCGAGCGGGCUCGGCGCCCUCCUCGCCGUAUUCGGCUUCCUGCGCCUCCCCACCUUGCUCGCCAACCUAUCCCCCGAGCCCGACUCGCCCUCGACCCUCGAGCAGGCCUUGCGCCGCACGCUGUACCUCGCCGGCGGCCUGGCCGUCUCUGAGGGCAUCUUCCUCGCAGCGCUCCUCCCGAGCACGGCGUCUCGGUCGAGCGGGAGCGGGAGCGGGCGAUCGAGGGCGGGCAUCGUGUCGAGGAUGAAAAGGGGGGCGGGCAAGCUCGUCGAGGGUUUCAGGCUCGCUCGCGGGUCGGGCGACGUUGCCUUGAGCUUUGCGGCGAGCUUUGCGUCGCGGGCGCAGGCGAUCGUCGUGACGGCGUACAUCCCGCUCCUCGUCAAUCGAUACUUCCUCGACCACGACCUGUGCGACUCGGCAACGCUCGUCGGCUCGGCCCACGACUCUUGCCGACAGGCCUACGUCCGCUCGUCGAUUCUCACAGGCGUCGUCCAGCUCCUCGCCCUCGUCCUCUCGCCGCUCGUCGGCCUCGUCUCGUCCUCCACCCGCCUCUCGACCUCGCACCCGCAAGCCCUCGCUGUCGCUGUCGCCUUCAUCAUCGGCGCCGCAAGCCUCGUCGCGUUCGCGUUCCUCCCAAAUGGUGGCGACCCUCGAGCCGGCCUCUCGUGGCUGUACGUCGCUGGCCUCGGCGUCGCCCAGGCGGCGGGCGUCGUCCUGUCGCUCGCGCUCAUGACGACGGGCCGCGGCACGGUCGUCGCCAAAGAGGGACGCGAGGUGGCGGGCACGCUGAGCGGGGCGUACGGCCUGAGCGGAGGCCUCGGGAUCCUCGCCGUCGGGUCGGGAGCGGGCUUCCUCUUCGACCGCCUGCCGGGCGCACCCUUCCUCGCCGUCGGCGCCGUCGACGCGCUCGUCGCGGCGGGCGCUCUCGUCCUGUGGCUGCGCGCCGACGACGCCGAGCCUCUGUCUUUCGCCCUCGACGACGACAACGACGAGCUGUCCAUCCUCCCGCCGCUGCCCGAGAAGGAGCCGAUCUGGCGCCGGGCCAACAUCCACCUCUCGCCCAACCUCGAGCACCGCGGCCGGUACAGCGCCCUCGAGCAGCGAGAUCGACUCGCACGCCCUCGACCGGCGAGCUACCUCGAGCUCGACAUGGCGGCGCAGCAGGAGGAGGACGGCGCGGGCGGGCCGAGCGGGCCACAGCCGCCGUCUGCACCACGACGACGACCUGUCGCGGCUUUCUGCUGGUUACUCGGCGCCCUGAUGGUCGGAGCAUCCGCCGCAACAGUCUAUCGACCAUUCCGCCCUGUCGCCUUCGCCGUCCUCCAGCCACGGCCCGUGUGCCCCGACCCUCGACUCGCGAUCCCUCCCUCCCUCCUCGAGGCGCAGCGCCGAAGCGCGCCCAUCGACCUCCCCUCGUCCUCGCCCGACUUCUCGCUCGCGCUCGUCCACGACAAGCGCACGUGCAACGCCUUCGAGCUCACCAUCAGCCGCACGAGCCCGUUGCGGUGCGCCGAGAUGGAGAGCGACAACAACGAGCCGUCCAAGGACCCGACGCUCGCCGCCUGGAUUCGCGGCAAGCUUGGUCCCGACACGUUCAACGUCCAGGUCGACGGCGCCGAGCGGCGGGCCGAGAUGGUGCCGUCCGAGUACCUCGGCGACUGCGAGUACUUGUUCAGGUUUCGCCUCAACAACGCUGGGCGCCUGUGGCUCAACGUCUCGCUGCUGUACGAGGACUACGAGGGCUUCAAGGAGAUCGACGCCGAGAAGGGCUCGCGACCACGACCGCGACUGCUCAUGCAGCGGCUCGUCGCCGAGCCGCUCGAGCUCAACCUGUGCGACGACGCCUGCCGACCCUACAUCCCGCCUCGACUCGGCGAGCCUGUCGACCACAUCUACGGCCUACCGACCUCGACCGACGACAAGGACGCACAGCUCGCCGACCGCCCCGACUGCUCGACGCUCGACCCGCUCCGCACGCCGCUCGGCCACUGGGUCCCGAGCAACCCGCACGACCUCGUCUACCCGCCUUUGCCCGUCCCGCUUCAGCACUCGCGCCCCAUGGCCGGCCUGUACACGUUCGUGCCGUCGCUCUGCCACGCGUGGAACCACGACGGCCUGCGCUUCCGGGACCACGCGAGCUGCGUCAAGGAGGAGUACGCCGUCUUCCUCUUGGGCGACAGCCACGCCCGGGCCAUCUACGACAUUGUCAAGCAUCGUCUCAGCGGCAACGACUCUGUCGAGGACAAGUCGAUGAAGGCGGACAGCAAGAGCGGCGCCGUCGACAACCUGUACCUCGAGUUUCGCUGGGACCCGUUCCUCAAGGCCGACGUCAGCUGCGACACGAUCCGCCGGUUCGACUCGUUCGCCAUCUCGACCGGCUCGCACGAGGCGUGCUGGAACUGCCCGUCGACGUCGUCCUGGCUCGCGUCGAUGGACGCCUUCUUCUCGACGUGGCCCGACCGCGUCGCCGCCUGCCUCGCCGGCCACCCGCCGUCCUCGUCCUCGUCGCGCCCACCAAAGCGCCCGCGCUACUUCUUCUUCAACAUCCCGGCGACGCACCCGCAGUUGCACAACCACGACUGCCGCACGGGCCCGCGCAUCAAGUACUGGAACGACAAGGCGGCCGAGCUGGCGCGAGAGAGAGGGUGGGAGGUCGUCGACGCGCACCAGUACACGCAGGCGGGCCAGAUCGACUCGGUGUACGGCGACGGUAUCCACUAUCUCGGACUCGAUGCAGCCGAGCCCGUCGUCGACGACUUUCUCAGCAGGCUCGGCAUUUGUGGCAAGGGCGGCGCGAGACGUAGAGCGUCGGGCGAGUGGAUCUCGGAAUAGAGCUCGCGUUCG